AUGGACAAGUCACAGCGCAUUGUUAUCGUCGGGGCCGGGGCCUUUGGCCUGGGCACAGCCUUGCGAAUGAAGGAAGAGGGCUACACCUCGGUAACCAUCCUCGAUCGAUCUAUGCCACCCGUCCCGGACGGAUCGAGCAACGACAUCUCGCGAAUUAUCCGCUUCGAUUACGGAGAUGCGAUCUAUGCUCGCAUUGCAAAGGAGGCAUUCGACCUGUGGAAGACCCCCGAGUACUCGGAUGCAUUUUACCAGACGCCGUGUCUUUGGGUUUGCCAAGAGGGUACCCCCGAACAGCCUGUUCAGCCUCGGGCACAGGAAUAUAGCGCAAAGACCAAGCGUGUCUUGACGGAGAUGGGCCAGAAAUGGCACGCUGUCGAUUCAGUCGAGGCAGCCAAGAAAGCAUUCCCGAAACUCAGUGGUCGCCUCGCCACGGCUGGCUUUGAAGGAUUCUAUAAUAACGACGCUGGAUGGGCCGACGCUGGGAAAGCUAUCAGUCGUCUCGCAUCUCGAUGUAUCUCCGCAGGUGUCUCCUUCAUCACUGGGCCUAAUGGUCAGGUAAUCGACUUUGAAAAGAAUCAAAAUGGCGACAUCACCUCUGCGCUGACCGCGGGCGGCAACAAAAUUGUUGGAGAUCAGUUCAUCGUGGCUACCGGAGCCUGGACAGCCAGCGUAGUCCCAGCCUGGAAUUCGAUGCUGGCUGCUGGACAACUGGUAGGCUACCUGCGUCUCACCCCAGAAGAGGGCACAAACUAUCUGAAGGUGGCCAUUCAUGGAUUCGGCUAUACUCGUAAUAACGAGUCGGCCGAUGUCUCAUCUCCGCCCACUCAGGCUGUUGCGUCUCGAGCCAAUUAUGUCCCCGCCGACGGGCUGAAAAGGAUGGAAGCUGGUCUACGAGAUAUAUUCCCUCAGCUUGCUUCACGAGGCUUCGAGCGAACGGGUAUAUGCUGGUAUAACGACACACCGACCGGCGACUUCAUCUUCGAUUUCCACCCCAAACACAAUAACCUUUUCAUUGCUACCGGUGGCAGUGGGCACGCGUUCAAGUUCUUGCCCGUCAUUGGCAAGUAUAUUGUUGGGAGCUUCCAGCGCAACCUGCCGAAGGAGCUGCUCACAAAGUGGAAGUUCCCCACGCAAUUCCGGGAGCGCUUCCAGGGCGAUGCUUUUGGAGGAGACGGUAGCCGCGGUGGGCCUGAGAGGAGAGAGUUGACUCCCAGUGAGCGGGGGACUUUUGAAUCUGCAUUGAAGCUCUCUGUCCGGCAGAGCAAGAUCUGA